AAUGUGCCCUUCAAGUUACGAUGCUUUGUACUGGCUACUGAAGUAAUGUGAUGCUUUGUACUGGCUACUGAAGUAGCAUCACUUAAAGUAAUCACCAAUGAACGUAAAAUGACGUGGACUCUUUUGACGGGGAGUCCAUGUCAUUCCACGUUCAUUGGUGAUUAUUUGAAAAUGACGUGGACUCUACUAUUUUAUAUAUACAAAAGAUGGAAGGAGCGAAGGCGGUGAGCCUUGCCUUCCGUAUCGUUGCGCUGGCGCUGUCGGUGGCUGCCGCCGUCGUGAUGGGCACCGCGAACCAGCUGAUCAUCAUCAACUCGGGUAGGGGCACCGUUGUCUCCUACAGCGACUACAGCGCUCUGGUGUACUUCGUGGUGGGCAGCGUCAUCUCGGUCUUCUGCGGCGCGCUGGCGCUCUACCUGUUCGUGCACAGGGGCGGUGGCUCGCUGGCCGUCUCGCUCCUCGACACUGCCGCCCUGGCCAUCCUCUUCUCGGCGUCCGGCGCGGCGCUCGCCUCGCGCCGCUGCUUCGUAGACGGUGCGGACACGUUCAGCUGGAGGACGGGCACGGCGGCGGCCAUCGGCGUGUGCGCGGCCGCAGCCGUCUGGGUCGCGGCACUGACCAGGGAAACGCCGCGCGGGGACUUCUCUCUAGGAAUGGGGAGCGGAGGCGGAGGCUCCAGCGCAGGCUGCAAGCACGGAUGCCCCAGCCCCCAAUGCUAA